CCAAAAUGGAGGAUCUUUCGGUUGAAAUCAGUGGAAACGACGGCUAUGGUACCUUUUAUAAGGGAUAUAUAAAAUGUUUCUUCGAGGAUGAAGCCUUGGUGUCUUUCGAAAACAACUGGCUGCCUGAUAGGACAGUGAAAUUCUCACUGAUACGUCUGCCCCCCACACCUGGUCAAGCCAAGCCAGAAUUCAGAGAAGAUGAAAAAGUUGAGGUUUACACAAAAGGGAAGGACAAAGACGAUGAGGGCCCUGCUUGGUAUCCAGCGCGGAUUAAAAUGUUGAAAGGGGAAUUUGCUGUUGUAGACUUCCCAUGGGAUCAGAAUGACAUCUUGCCUCUAGACAAAAUUCGAAUGGUUAAUCUGAAUCCCCCAAUCACAAAAGAUUCCUUUUGCCAGUUUCUUCUUGAAGUACCUCCAGACCUCAGAGAAGGAUGCCAGGAAGAAGUUGCCAUUCAAGAGUUUCGCAAGCACAUAGGUGGUGCUGUGGUCACGUAUUGCCCUGAGGAUAGAUCUAUUCAUGUUGUGACUUCGGAUCAAACUGUUGUCAAAAGAGCUUCGAUGAUUGGGGACAUGUUCUUGAGGAACAUGCGGCAGAAAGUGUUGCUGAAGCAGAGGACAGAGGAAGCAGCAAAAAAGCUGCAGAGCACCAAAGUACGCUCCGGCUACAUGGAAGAGUUUCAGGUGAGGGACGAGCUCAUGGGUCUGGCCAUUGGCACGCAUGGAGCGAACAUCCAGCAGGCACGCAAGGUGGAGGGCAUCACUGGCAUUGAACUGGACGAAGCCUCAUGUACAUUUAAAGUCUAUGGAGAGACGUUGGAGGCUGUUCGUUCAGCCAGAGGCUUGUUGGAGUUCUCCGAAGAGACUUUUCAAGUGCCAAGAGAUCUCGUUGCUAAAGUAAUUGGAAAGAAUGGGCGGAACAUCCAAGACAUAGUUGAUAAGUCUGGGGUUGUUCGUGUCAAAAUUGAAGGCGACAAUGAGCAUGAGACAGAAAGGGAAGAGGCCUCUUUCUUCUGUCCCAUGAAGGGUCAGGUACCAUUCAUAUUUGUUGGAACGAUGGAAAGCAUCAGCAAUGCCAAACUUCUACUUGAGUACCACCUGGACCACCUCAAGGAAGUGGAGCAGUUGCGGCAAGCCAAACUGGAAAUUGAUCAGCAGCUCAAGUCAUUAUCAGGACCCCAGCCCGGUUCCUACUUCCCUCCGCCUCGUGAACGAAGAUGGGGAUACCAAGAUUCUUAUGAAGAUCGAAGAGGCCGGGGAGGAAGAGGAGGUCGUGGUGCUGGCAGGGGUCGCCGUUUUGGUAUGGACAGGCACGGUGAUGAUCCUUCUAUGCCUACGUCCAUGGUGGCUGAUUGGUCAGCUGAAGGAGAAGAGGAGAAACGUGAUGCAGGGUACUUAACAGACAGCAUACUUACUGGUCGCGGAGGCCGAGGAGGGUACCGGCGUGGUGCCAGAGGAGGUGGCAUGAGAGGGAGAGGUGGCGGUCUGCCUCCGAGAGGACCGUUGGAUUAUGACCAACAUGACCGCCAGCGGAGACGAAGGAGGAAAAACCGUCCCCGAGGCAGCUAUGGCACUCAUUCAGGCACAGAGACAGACACCAGUAUUUCUAACUACCGGAGUGAGCGUGGCUCAGGAGGCCGUGGCGGAGGCCGCCAGGGCAGAGGGGCUGGUGCUUACUCUGGCCCCCGCGAUGCUGACUCUGCACCGGUCCCCAGCGGAUCUGUCUCAACAGCAGGCAGGAGCUCUGUCAGCCCAGGCGUGCAAACGGUCAAUGGUGGCAGUGGUGAUCGCUCGCUGAAGCAGGAUGGCGGGCCCAAAGAGCAGCGCGAGGGGCGCCCGCCGCGGGACCCCAGGCCUCGAGGGAGCAACAACAACAGCUCUGCGACUGCGUCGGCCACUUCAGGGGCCGGAGGAAAUUCCUCCCAGCUGGGGACGAAACAACCGGGGAGCCACCACAGCGGAAGCGAUUCCGACUCAAAGCUAGCCAAGAACAAAUUGAACAACUCCAAGACAAAAGAGCAUAUAGUGAAUGGGGAAUAGUUGGGAGGCAAAGGGGGAAUUUUUUUUGGAGAAAGCAUAAUGUCUGCCUCUUGCGUAUUUGCGUUUGAGAUACUUGAACAUAUUUUGUGCGAAGGUGAGACUGAAUGUGUGUGUAUGUCUUCGUGUGGUGGAUGCCUGCAUGUUUGUCACGCUUUAAUGUAGAUACUGCCUGAAAGCAUUAUGUCCUGGAGUGACAAAAAAACUUUUGAUUGAUUAAAAAUUGUUCUAUGCUAAAUUAA